AUGUCCCUGCAGUUGAUUCGCCGCUUCAUCGCCAACGUCUUUCUGUCGCCCUUCCACUUUCUACGCGUCAUCCUGCUCCGGCUGCGCUACGGACUCACGUAUACACACGCGCCGCAAAGAAGAAUGCCGCCACCAAAGUUCUACCACGACGACGAGGCCUGGAAGGACGUCGAGCCUCUUCCGCAGGAUGACGGCGGAAUGCACCCGCUGGCCGCCAUCGCUUACACGGAGGAAUACAGCGAGGCCAUGGGCUACUUGCGCGCAGUCAUGGCCAACAACGAGUUCAGCGAGCGGGUGCUGGGCCUCACAGAGCACAUCAUCAACAUGAACCCUGCGCACUACACAGUCUGGUUAUACCGCGCGAAGGCCAUAUCCGAGCUCGACAAGCCGCUGGAAGACGAGAUCAAGUGGCUCAAUCCGACCGCGCUCAAGCACCUCAAGAACUACCAGAUAUGGCACCACCGCCAGACCAUCAUCGAUGCGCUCGGUUCGCCCGAGGGAGAGGCCGAGUUCGUCAGCCAGAUGCUUGAGAAGGACGAGAAGAACUACCAUGUGUGGAGCUACAGGCAGUGGCUGGUCAAGCGCUUCGACCUGUUCGACAAGCCCGAGGAGCUGCAGUGGACCGAGAGCAUGAUCGAUGCAGACGUCAGGAACAACUCGGCCUGGAACCACCGCUACUACCUGGUCAUUGGCGGUCGUGAUGGCAAGACUCCGAGCGAGGACUUAACUAAGCAGGAGAUUGAGUACACCAAGAAAGCCAUCCGCAAAGCCCCACAGAACCAGAGCCCAUGGAACUACCUUGCGGGUAUCCUGCGCGCUGCUCAGCUGCCAAAGUCGACCGUCAAGAGCUUCGCAGCCGAGUUCGCCGAUAUCCAGUCGCCAGACGACGUUUACUCCAGUCACGCACUCGACCUGCUGGCUGACAUCUAUGCGGAGGAGGAGAACAACAAGGAGUCCGCAGAGAAAGCCUUGGACCUGUUGGCGACUAGAUACGACCCUAUCCGGGCCAACUACUGGAACUACAGAAAGGGUCUGCUGAGGCAGCCUGAGGUCGCAGCUUGA